AUGAUGAAUGGGUAGGGCAGCCGAAAAGAAAAAAAUGCAAAAAGAGAAAGAGUGAGACCAUUGAUUUUUCUCUUGUUCUAUCGCAUCAUAUCAUCACCAUCCUCAUGCGAUGUUGUAGCGCUCUUCACUCUCAGAGCGCGUAAAUGGCACAUCUUCACCUUCUCCGAUUGCAAUUCCGAUUAUCCUCUUCCUCUUCCUCUCUCUUCACCGCCCCAAAUUCCGCCUCUGCCAGCACCCUCUUCUCUCCUCUCGCCUAUUCUUCUCCUGCACCACCGCCUCCUCCCACUCUUGCUUUCGCGCCCAGAAAGCACCUUCUCUCUUUCAAGGUAUGUGCAACUGUUGCUGAAACUGGUCAGCCAAAAUGGUGGGAAAAGAAUGCACCAAAUAUGGUUGAUAUUCACUCCACGCAAGAAUUUCUGAGUGCUUUGAGUCAAGCUGGAGAUAGACUUGUUAUUGUUGAAUUUUAUGGAACUUGGUGUGCUUCUUGCCGAGCAUUAUUCCCUAAGUUAUGCAGAACAGCUGAAGAAAACCCCGAAAUUCUUUUUCUCAAAGUAAAUUUUGAUGAGAAUAAGCCAAUGUGCAAAAGGCUGAAUGUUAAAGUACUUCCUUACUUCCACUUUUAUCGUGGAGCUGAGGGGCAGCUUGAAUCGUUUUCAUGUUCACUUGCCAAGUUUCAAAAAAUAAAGGAUGCCAUCCAGAUGCAUAACACGGCACGAUGCAGCAUUGGUCCACCUGUGGGCAUUGGCGAUCUGCUUGCUGAACCUUCCUCUGCUGCCAAGGAUAGACCUGUGGAAUCCGUUUAAGCAUAGUACUUGUAUCUUCUAUUCAUGCAUUUGUAUUAUAAGCUAUCUCACAGAGGGAAACCCCAAAGAAACUUAUAAUAUAUGUACUCUGUAUAUUUACUACUGUAUUUUUAUUUUAGUUUUUGGUUUUAGAAGGAUACCUAGCAGAAUUGUUUGUUCUGUCUCAUUCUUGACCAUUCAUUACCUGAUUGUAAUCGUCUACUUUAAAACUUCUGUUAAAUGAAAUGUUAUGAUUUAAUUCUUUUGCUAAA